UCUCGCUGGAGCCGUUGGAGCCGUUGGAGCCGUUGGUGCUCUCCGUUCUCACCGGAGAUUAAAACAGUUGAUUGACGUUAACGUCUGACCGACUGACUCUCGACAUAUCACCCGACAAAUUCCCUUUUUUGGGCGGUUUUUAUAUUUUUUUCCUUUACGGUAUGUGCUUAUAAUGAGGUGAGGAUGGCUAAACGACCGGGGACUGACGACGGGAUGUUGACUUCGCCGACCAUUCUCCGGGAUUUCGCCGCCGAUGUGAGCGCCGGGGACGUGAACAUGGACUGCGGCGACGGAGCUGUUGGAGUCUCGCUGGAAGAAAUCCUGAAACUGUACAGCCAGCCGAUAAACGAGGAGCAGGCGUGGGCCGUGUGCUAUCAGUGUUGUCGGACUUUGGCGCAGAAACAUCGGAGGAAAAGCUCCAAGUCUGCCGGCGCGUCGGCUGUCGACUACCCGAGGAGGAUUGAGGGACCCGGGGAUGUGAUGAUGUGGAGAGACGGGACUGUGAAACUGCACUUUGAAGGCAGCACAGAUAAAUAUGGAUCAGCCCCUACGUCAUUAGAGGUUAUUGACUCACUGGGCGUCAUGAUCUACAAAGCUCUGGACUACGGCCUCAAAGAAAACGAGGAGCGCGAACUCAGUCCGCCUCUGGAGCGCCUCAUCGACAUGAUGACAAACACAGAAGAAACGGAGAGCGACCCGUGUCCCGACGAGGGCUACGAAGCCACGGAGGAGGAGGAUGAGUGUGAGGAAGAGGAGGAGGAAGAGGAACCCGUUCCUGCUACCACCAGCUCAGUCAGCAGCAUUCGCAGUUAUAGAGACGUCAUCACGCUAUGUUCUUCCCACCUGCCCAGCCCAUCAGACGCCCCCAACCAUUACAAGGCCGUGUGUCGCGCUCUCUAUGCCGAGACCAGGGAACUACGCACCUUUCUGGAGAAGAUCAAGAGUGCCAAGGAGAACCUUCGGAAAAUGGAAGGUGACACUCGGGAACCUGUUAAAGACCUCGAUGAGCUGCAAAAUUCAGAUUGGGCGCGGUUCUGGGUGCAGGUGAUGCGAGAUCUACGGGAUGGUGUUAAGUUGAAGAAGGUUCAGGAGCGUCAGUACAACCCGCUGCCCAUUGAAUACCAACUUACACCAUAUGAAAUGCUGAUGGACGACAUCCGCUCCAAACGCUACAAACUACGAAAAGUCAUGGUGAAUGGGAACAUCCCACCAAAGUUAAAGAAGAGUGCUCAUGAGAUCAUUCUUGAGUUCAUCAGGUCGCGACCACCUCUCAACCCUGUCUCAGCCCGUAAACUGAAACCCCACCCGCCACGUCCCCGGAGUCUCCACGAGCGACUGCUGGAGGACAUCAAAGCUGAAAGGAAGCUCAGGCCGGUCUCACCAGACAUGAUCCGCAGAAGCCGCCUAGGUGCAGGGAAAAGCAUCAGCACUCCUCAGGACUUGUUCCGCAGCUCAGACACUCCUGAUGCACCCAGGAAGUUGGCUGUCAGCACCCAGUCUCUGGCCAGUGGCACCAUGGGACCCAAUCAAGGUGGAGCGCAGCCCCUCAGCCAGAGGAAGAGGCUGCUCAGAGCGCCCACGCUGGCUGAGCUCGACAGCUCUGAAUCUGAUGAGGAGGCCACACGGAGCAGCUCCAGUAUGUCCACAUCUUUGAUGGAGGACACGUCACCAGAGUCCGUCAUAGGGAAGAAGGCUCCUCCAAAUUUCCUGCCCGUCUCUGCAACCCCACAGCCAGAAAAGCGCCAGUCUCCACAGAGGCGGCACUCUAUCGAGAAGGAGGCCCCCACCAGUGUCCACCCCUUUGCACCUCCAUCCAGACAGACCUCCAAGUCUUUGGUGGAAGCUGCCAGUGGUGCUCAGGGCACGGAGGAGUUCUGUUACCCGGUGGAGUGUCUGGCUCUGACGGUGGAGGAGGUGAUGCACAUCAGGCAGGUUCUGGUCAAGGCUGAGCUGGAGAAGUUUCAGCAGUACAAAGACAUCUACACGGCCCUCAAGAAAGGAAAGCUUUGCUUUUCGUGUCGGACCAAGAGGUUCUCUCUCUUUACCUGGUCCUACACCUGCCAGUUCUGCAAAAGGCCUGUGUGUUCCCAGUGCUCUAAAAAGAUGCGGCUGCCGUCUAAGCCCUACUCCACCUUGCCCAUCUAUUCUUUGGGCCCCAGUGCUGCGGCUAAAGAAGAGGCAAGUGGAGCGUCUGCCCCUGCUGAACCAGAGAAGCACCCGUUUGGGUCCGGACAUAGCCGACACAGCCUACGCAGAAGUGUUUACAAGUUGUCUAAGCACAGUAGUAGCAGUAAAGAAGGCCGCUCACAGGAUGAGCCAGAGCUGCCCAAAGAGCUUACCGAGGACUGGGUCACCAUGGAGAUCUGUGUAGACUGCAAAAAGUUCAUCACGGAGAUCAUCUCCUCCAGCAAGCGCAGCCUGUGCGUGGCUACCAAGCGCGCGCGCCUCAAUCGCAAAACCCAAUCCUUCUACAUGUCUUCAUCUAACUCUGUCAACUUCAGGCCCUCUGAGCGCACCAUCAAUGAGGUGUAGAAAGAAAUGCCUUGUGCGCUUUCGUCCACGCCUCCUUCAGAGCUUAGUCGUUCAAUGGAAAACAAAAAAAAGAAAAAAUCCCCUUAGUCUGGUUUUGACACAAACUGGUUCACUGUGACGAUGAAGCCAGUCCAUCCCACCCCAAAGUUAGAAAGGGGUUCUUAUACCUCCCCCCCCGUCUCAGGAAAAGUUGGCAUGCUAUGAUUGGUCAUGACUGGUCAGGACUCGAGAGUAGUUGCCAGAUAACAAAGGAAAGCCAUGUUUCUAUGACUCAGUGAUAAUUCAGGAUACGGUCGGUGAAAUGAAUAAAUUAAGCUGCUGAUGUCACUGUUGCGAGCCAGGUAGGAGAAUGUAUAUGUGACAAGAAGAGCGGGAUCGGAUGACAGAAAGCCAAAAGCUGCGGUGAUGACGUGUAAAUAGUAAAAAGGCCCAUCCCUAAUCUUAGCUAUCGAUACAUUUUCUAGUUCCUGUUUACUUCUAGCACUCAGGAAGAACAACAGAUUGUCGUUGUGACAGAAAUGCACUGUAGAUCCUGCUGUCAGGUCUGUUGGGGUAGAUCUCUGCCACUCCCCUGCCCCUCUCUUUUUCUUCCAGCAACAAUUAUGCCAAAUGUUACAUGUUGUUUUUUUUUUUUUUUUUUUUUUUUUUCUUUCUUUUCUUUUUCUUUUCUGUUUUUUAGCCAGUUUAAAUGUAUAUAAUACUGUUCUCUUAUGUUCUAGGGAUGACACAUUGAGGGGGUGAGAAUAGCCAGAUUAUUUCUCUGGGUGGGUUUUAGCUAUUAGUUGUAUAUUCAAUUCUGUGCCUGGUGCCAAAAUGUACAUAUGUGUGAUAAACUCAAUGGGAGACAUUUUAGGGUAAUCCAAGGUUUGGUUUCUUGCCCUUCCAUGUUCCAAGGUGGGCAAUAGAAGCACAGAAAUGUUGGGUUACGAAUGUGUACAUGUUGUAUAUCUUAAUUGUUCCAAAUUUAAUAUAAAAAAUCCUAACUAAGUAGAAGUAUAAUUUUACCAUGUUUUAAGAUUUCUGCCUCUGGAGUUUAUUUGAAAUUCAUCUCUGAAAACUUUAUUGUUAGUGUUAUAUUAAGAUUUUAUUUCUAUUGUAUAGUUUAUGAACUCCUCAGUGUUAAAAUACUCCUCUAAAUCACAAAUCGCACUUUUAUUGGACCAAUUUAUUGUUUAUGUUGGGUUUUUGUCUUAAUAAUAAUUAUCUAUGUAAUAAUAUAAGUCUUUGUUUGUCAGCUCUCGGGGGUCUAUAGUGCCAUUUCCCAGGGUUCCUCGUGAAUGAAAGUUCGUUUGAAUGGCUGCAGGUUGUUUGUUAAAAUGCAAUAAUGGCCAAAACAAAACACUCCAUUGAAUUGAAUGUAGGCAUUUUAAAAUGUGGAACUGUCAUUGAAUAUGCUUUAUGAACUUUGUUCCCUUUCAAAAGAGACACACACACACACACACCAAGUGAACACAAAGCCUAACCAGCCUGUUAAAUACUGAUGCCAUGUUCCAGUGAAACCAUACGUCUGACCAGUCCUGUAAGGAAUGUAUGCAUGCUGUGCUGUGAUCUGUUUGUUUUUAUCAAAGGAAUUAUAAUAAAAUCAUCAUGAUUCUUAAA